GACUGGCAUUUACUUGUCACCAACUAACACUGUCAGUCCAUUUAGUUUCCAACCAAACUUCUAUCCGAAAGCAUAGGAAAAACCGUACUCAAAAACACUUUUAAAAUUACAUGUAAUCAAAUGAAGUUGAGAGAAGUAGUAACAAUUUAUACUAUAUAGCAAGUUUGGGAUCCAUUACUUUAUCCUGGAAAAGCUUGUUCUCAUUCAACAUUAUACAAUUGUAGUUAGUGUGUGCUUUAUUCAAAACCAUGUCAAAGAAAACUAUCCUGUCAGUGGAGCUCCUCUGCCCAAGGUGCAGGCAGAAGGUAAUGAAGGUAAUCUCUGACGUUGUCGGGAUAACUUCUAUUGUCCUCGAUCCAUCCAAAAAUACGGUAACUGUGACAGGUGAAGCUGAUCCGGUUAAGAUCAUUAAGAAGGUCAGGAAAUUCCGAAAACAUGCAUCGAUCGUAAGUGUAGCAGCUGCAAAGGAUGAGAAGAAGGAUGAGAAGAAGGUCGAGAAGAAGGAUGACCGGAGAGAUCUUGUGGUUUACACCCCAAAGACGUGCCAUAAAUGUGAUGUCUGGUAUGUUGUGGGCGAUGAUCUUUACACUUACUGUUCCAUUCUGUAAUUAACAUCUCCAUAUUCCACAAUUUAGCGUCUGUUGUAAAUUUAUAUUCUAGUUUCAUGGAUUCCAAGAACCCUAAAUUCAGAAGAGGAACUCCAUUCCUUUUGCAGCAGCUAAAGAUAAGGCACAGUAACUUUUUCCUAGUAUACCAGAAACCGUCAUUGCUUCCACCAAAAUGUCUUCUGCAAAUUUUAGAAUAUUUAAAGUUGCUUGUUUUCUUUUUU